CUUACCUCCUUUGUCUGUGUAUCUAACACGAUUGUUUGUGAGGGCACAGAGAAAAUUAUGGGUGGUGUAACCAAAUUAUGCAACUCUGAAGUUGCUUACCUUGACUCAAUUAAUGACGACCUUGAGAUGCCUAGCAAUAGCAAUAGCAAUAGCAUGCAUCAUCUCACAAACCCACUGAUCCCUCAACAAAACAGACACAAACCAACUAACAAUACCAAUACCAAUAUCAAUACCAAUACCCAUUUCUCCUUAGCCAUUAAAGAGGCCUUUUCCAUUUUCCAAAUUGCCUUCCCCAUGGUCCUCACCAGCCUCCUCCUAUACUCCCGCUCCCUCAUCUCCAUGCUCUUCCUCGGCCGUCUCGGGGAGCUCCCCCUCGCUGGCGGUUCCCUUGCCAUCGGCUUCGCCAACAUCACAGGCUACUCCAUUCUCUCUGGCCUUGCCAUGGGCAUGGAGCCCAUCUGCGGCCAAGCCUUCGGUGCCAAAAGGUUCAACCUUCUCGGCCUCGCCUUGCAGAGGACCAUCCUUCUCCUCACCUUUGCUUCAAUCCCCAUUUCACUUCUUUGGUUCAACGUCAAGAACAUCCUUCUCCUUUGCAAACAGGACGCCUCCAUUGCCUCCCAAGCCCAAUUGUUCCUUCUCUACUCUGUUCCUGACCUUUUCGCUCAAUCCCUCAUCCACCCUCUUCGAAUUUACCUCCGAACUCAAUCCANUCUUUUCGCCCAGUCCCUCAUCCACCCUCUUCGAAUUUACCUCCGAACUCAAUCCAUAACGCUCCCCCUCACUUUCUGCGCCACUUUUUCUAUCCUUCUCCACAUACCCAUCAAUUACUUUCUCGUUUCCUAUCUCAAUUUUGGUAUUAGAGGAGUUGCUAUAGCAGGGGUUUGGACCAAUUUCAACCUCGUCGCUUCUUUGAUCCUUUACAUACUAAUUUUCAACGUCCACAAGGAAACAUGGGGAGGCUUCUCUCUCGAAUGCUUCAAAGAAUGGGGAAACCUUCUCAAUUUGGCAAUCCCAAGCUGCGUCUCGGUCUGCCUCGAGUGGUGGUGGUACGAAAUCAUGAUCCUCCUCUGUGGCCUAUUACUAAACCCCAAAGCCACCGUGGCUUCCAUGGGCAUUUUGAUUCAAACCACAGCAUUGAUUUACAUAUUCCCUUCGUCGCUGAGCUUCAGCGUGUCCACCAGGGUGGGGAACGAGUUGGGGGCAGAGCAGCCAAAGAAGGCCAAAUUAGCAGCCAUUGUCGGGCUAUCUUGCAGCUUCGUACUGGGGAUUAUGGCUCUGUUUUUCGCAGUGUCCAUAAGGAAAAUAUGGGCGAGUAUGUUCACAGAGGAUAAAGAGAUCAUAGCAUUGACGUCCAUGGUGCUGCCCAUAAUAGGCCUCUGCGAGCUCGGGAACUGCCCACAGACGACAGGGUGCGGCGUUUUGAGAGGGACAGCGAGGCCCAAAAUAGGAGCCAAUAUAAAUUUAGGGUGUUUUUAUUUGGUGGGGAUGCCGGUAGCGGUAGGGCUAGCAUUUUACGGUGGGUUUGAUUUCAGGGGGCUAUGGCUGGGGCUCCUGGCGGCGCAGGGGUGCUGUGCGGCGGUGAUGUUGGUGGUUUUGGGAUUUACAGAUUGGGAGCUAGAGGCAAUUAGAGCUAGGAAGCUAACCGGUGGUGGUGGCGAUGAAGUGGUGGAAGCUGAGUCAAUUGAACCUAAAAACAAGCAAGAUUGGUGCUAAUAUCACAGAUUAUCAAAAUUAAAUUUGUGACAUAGAUGAUGAAGCUGAUGACAAAAUCUA